CGUUCGUGCUUCUGCAGGUGCAAGACGAAGUGCUGCAUUGGUGCAAUUGAAACUACAAUAGAAUUUACAUUAAACGAUGGCUUCAGCUACAGAUGCACGCUAUGGACAGAAGGAGUCUUCUGACCAGAACUUUGACUACAUGUUCAAGAUCCUGAUCAUUGGCAACAGCAGUGUGGGGAAGACCAGUUUCCUGUUCCGCUACGCCGAUGACUCCUUCACACCUGCUUUCGUCAGCACCGUAGGCAUCGACUUCAAGGUGAAGACCAUCUACAGGAAUGACAAAAGGAUCAAGCUGCAGAUCUGGGACACCGCUGGUCAGGAACGGUACAGGACCAUCACCACAGCUUACUACAGGGGUGCCAUGGGCUUCAUCCUCAUGUAUGACAUCACUAACGAGGAGUCCUUCAGCGCUGUGCAGGACUGGUCCACCCAGAUCAAAACAUAUUCCUGGGACAACGCACAGGUGCUGUUGGUGGGGAACAAAUGUGACAUGGAGGAUGAGAGGGUGGUUGCAGCAGAGAGGGGCAGACAGCUGUCUGAACACCUGGGCUUUGAGUUCUUCGAGGCCAGUGCCAAGGACAACAUCAACGUGAAGCAGACCUUUGAGCGUCUGGUGGACAUUAUCUGUGAGAAGAUGUCGGAGAGCCUGGAUGCUGCUGAUCCGGCCGUCACGGGGGCCAAACAAGGGCCACAGCUCACUGAGCAGCCAGCGCCCCCUCAUCAAGACUGUGCUUGCUAAAGGUCCCCCCCCCCCGCGCCCUUCCUCACCUCCACCUUUCCCUCACUCUCACUGCCUUGCUCCCUGCCACCAACACUCGUUAUGUUUGUAUGGAGCAAGUAAACUAAGCUCCCCCUAUUAUACAGAAGUCUGGUGUCCUCUUAUUCCCCUCCCUCCCCCCGCACUGUGGUCUUAAAGCUGAAGAUAUUUUAAUGCGUUUUCAUCAGGGCCCACCUAUAAUUUUAUAGCCUAGCUUCUAUUCAGUGUAAUACUUCUGAAAAUGGAAACAACAUUCUGAAUCUAUUUUUUAAAUAUCCGGCAAGAAAUUGGGACAGACAUCAUAGUUAUUAGUUGAGUUUUCAGCAAAUCCCAGAAAACACUGUAAUACAGGAUGUGUGUGGGAGUACUCCCUCUGUGUGAAAUGUAAACACACCUACAUAUAUUUAUUACUUGCCAAUGUACCUCUUUCCAUGCUUGUCUCUUCUGCAAUCCCCAAUAUGCCUGUAUCUGUCAUAUAUUCAAUUGAUCGCCUUCAUUGUUUGUGCAGUGCUGAAAGGUUUUCAUCCUUUUAGAAUUGCUUUGGUAUAUUCUGUGGAAAAAUAUGAUCUUUAAUCACAGUAAUUCCAGGUAGAUAAAUAUUUCCCUAUUUUUGUUUUUAAAUGUGUAUAUAAAGAAUGUGCAGUAUAUGAUAUCUAUAGAUAGACACUUUUUGAAAAUGCAUUUUAAAAAAUCUAGAUGAAUAUAAAAUAUCUAUACAAAAUGGGAGGCCUAUGUCUUAGAUGUGUCUGCAUUAGUUUUUAAAGUGACUUGUUUUUUGUCACAUGGUCAGCCGCCCUACCCAAAAUUGAUCAUGUUUCUGUUUGUCUUGCUGUGGAGGUGCAUCAUGAAGUUUGUUAUAGAUGGAAACUUCACUAGCUUGCCCUGUGUCAGAACACAGAACACUGCCUCACAUUCACUGCUGCAGAUUCUAGCACCACCACCGGGUCAUCAGUAUUAUAAACAUAUUCAGAUAUGCGCAGACACAUUCAGAUACUCUGCACUGGCUCAGAGAUUUACAGCAGGAUCUGCACUGUCAUUGCUGAAGUCAGGCCAACUUAGUCGGUUGUUUUUUUUUUCAGUUAAAUCUGAAUCAUUUUAAGUAAGAGUGGCACUGCUCAAUUUUCUCAGAAGUAGAGCAUCAGAUAAGGCAAUUGUAUUAGCAAUGAGACACUAACAGGAAUGACUUCAGGGAACUGCAUACAACAUCAAUCAAUAUGCAUAAAUAAACUUAGUGUUCAUUGCUUGUAUUAUUGCUUGAGUGUAAUUAUCUUUUGUUUGUUCAAGUACUUUAAAUUAGCAUUCCAAGCUGUCCUCGCCUGCAAACUCUCAAUGCAUGCUGAUUAAGAGGAGGCUCUCAAAACAUGUUUGAGACGUUUACAGUGCAUGAGGUGAUCCAUAGGAGUAUGUGGUAAAAGUGCUAUCUGCUAUCAGGGCUUUACCGAAGUGUGUUUGUGGAUGCAUAUGUCCCUGAGAUAGCAAUCCAUUGUACCAUUUUGGGGGCCAUUAAAGCACAGGAUUCCUUCUCACGGGAGACAGUUGGUGUAGUGUUACUGCCAUCUCUUGUCCUGGGAUAUUAUGCAGACAUUAUUAUUGUGCAGAGAGCAAAGGGUUGUCAGAGAGGUGUUCCCAUUGCUCUUGUGAAGGAAAAACAUCACCUGUUUCCUUCAAUACUGCUUUAUGACCAAAAAACUACUAGUUGAGAAGCUGGCUAGUGACAAAGACUGUUUUAUCUGUUGGUCACUCUGUGCACACACACACACACACACACACACACACAUGCACGCACACACAACAGGGUGGUAUUAUUGUUUACAGACCUUCAAGAGCAAUGUGAUGUGUAAACCAAUGUUUCCAAUACAGAUAUAUGUAAUUUUCCUAAUUAGAAAGAUGUGCUUAUGAUGUAGCUUAACCCAAACAAAUUGCUGUUCCAUUCGUCACUCAGUCUUGUUCCUUAGAUUGUUUUCAGAGUUGCUUCCAUCUGGAUGUUGAGUGUAGUGAAACCACAUGUGCCAAUCUUGAUUGAAUCUACAACAGGAACAUGCACAACAGUAUUGAAUUUGAAAACUACAAAGCAAAACAGAUGAGAGCAGUUGUUGGUCACAGUGUUACAGUGGCUUACUAAUAAUGUUGAUCAUGGCUGGGAUUUGUGACAUUUGUUACAAAUGUUAACAGCUAACAAUUAUUUUGUUUAAUCAGCUUUUUUCAAGUAGUCUUACAAAGUGUCAUGCCUCGAUAUUGGACCUUGCACCAAAGGUGGGACUUCUCAAACUCUUAGCUGCAUUAAGGAAUAGGUUUGUUGAAUAUGGAUACUAAUUCCUAGUGUAUAUACUGUGUUGGCCUGCCAUUACCUGCUGUGGGCCAAGACAGUGGGCAAGGAUGAAAUAGCAAGGAUUCUCUAGUCUGGCACAAACUUUAAUUGGACCUUUUUUUUGACUGAAAUUAUAUCUUGCGUUUCACAAGGAAAAGUAAUUUUAUAGGAAAAUUAGCAUGGCAGUGUGAUUCUGAGGAAUGAACUAAUAGUGUGAUUAAUAAUAAUUUCUGAAUAAAUUCUUAAUGUGUUUCUGCUUUACCCAAAGUUAUGUGUUGCUGAUAACAUGCCUAAUGACCAGUAGUAUCCUCUCCUCCCCUGUCAAUCUAGAUCUUUCUCCAGGACACUGAUAUCACUGAAGAGUCUAUUUCUGCCCUUCUCCUCUGCUAUACUGUCUUCCUUGCUGUAAAUAAGAAUUGUAAAUAGGUUUUAGUCAUUUAUUUAUGAGUUAAUUGUGUUGUAAUAACUCCAG